AUGGAUGCAAUGGCAAUAUCAACAGCACGAAUUUUGAAUACUCCCGCCGUGUCGGAGGAUCCCUCGCGCGAGGGUGCACGUAUCUCCAACCUGCUGUACGACAAGGCAGGUGAAAUGAGGCGCCAAAAGGAAUUUACUCGUGCAUUUCAACAGUUCGUUGAAAUGAACAAGAUACAUGUAGGAGUGGGCGAUGAAGUACAACCCGGAUUUUCGGAGAUAUUGCGUCGGUUUUGGGAUGAAGCUGCGGAUGCUUUCAAACUCAGUGAAACUCUGGAAAUGGUUCUGACUGGGGAGCUAAUUGCAAACCCGGGAGAAGCAGGAGAAACAGCAAAAGCAGCAGAAAUAGCAGAAGCACCAGAAGCAGCAGAAGCGGAAAUAGACAAUUAUCCCGAGGCGCCAAUUGAGGAUAUUCAGGUCUUUUAG